AUGGACCAAAACGUACUCCCAACGAGCACGUCUCUAGCUCCAGCUUUGUCCAGACAAUAUGAGCCAGCAGUGGGUUGGAAAAACAACUCAGCUAUGUCAGUUUUAGAUCCAGAAAACAGGCGCUUUAAUGUGGCAGACACAGCCGGUCAUGGACGAACGACUUCGCAAAGCGAAUCUCUUGACGCUGGUCGGAGAGAUCACCACCAAGAAAUAGUAGAUCCACAAUCACCGAAACCAAAAUCUGGUGGGAUGCACUCUCAGCAGCAGGACUCGACUCCUGGUCAACGCACCAGCUUUCUGGGAGACAUUCGGCGUUACAUUUAUCCUUCAGGUGCAUCUCCUUCACAACGAGAGGAGCAAAGCAGGAAGGAGAUAGCGCGUCUUGCAGCAUUACUGGAGAAAAGGGAUCGCCAGAUAGCGAAGAUGCAGGCAGAUCAUAAGAAUACUUUGAAGAACGUUGAGAAUGAUUUCAGAAAGAUCCAGGAAGACAACAGGCAGAAACAUCACGACCACUGGGAACGAGUCAAUCAGGAACAUGAAAUGACAGUCAACAAACUACUAACACAGCUGCAAGAGAUUGGGAAGGAGAAAGAAGUCAUACAAAUGGAGCAUGAUAGAUUCAUUCGGGAGAAUCAAGAGGCGUCAUUUGGUAAAAUGGAGUCGGCCCGCUGGGCUCCUGCAGAGGACAGCAAGAUCGUUGGGCAGCUCGAGAGACUGAGAAGAGAAAUGAGGAGCUGGGCGAAGGGGAUGGCCCUGAAAGACAUGGCUCUACUCAAAAAUCUGGAAAAGACAGACCAGGACUCUCUGAUGGACUAUUUGUCGAACGUAGUCGCACUCCAGAAUGGUCAACUACCAGGCGGACUCGAGACACCAAAAUCCCCGGCGCUCCUUCUAAAUGCGCUGUUCACACACAUACUGUACUCAACUCUUUUCCGCAGUCCGUUCUUCUUCCUUGAAGAUGCCCAAAAUGAAGGCUUGAACGGCUCCAGAGUUGCAGAGACUCUCGUGAAGAUGUAUGAAAUGGCACAGAAUUCCAAUGCCCACGACGCCCAUACCUGGCGCUCAGACACGCUAAGGCUCCUGCUCCCACCCCCUGGAAGUAGCACUUCUGAAGGCCAAAAGUCCCUACACGGCGUUACAGACAGCUUCAUAGUUAGAGCAGCUGAUUUCCACGCCUCAAGCUUCCUAAUUGGGCCCGCGAGCCAUUUGAUGAAGCCGGAUGCAGACCCCAAGCAAAUCGAGAAGUGCAAAGCGAUCUUCCAGGAAGCAGCGCGGUUCUCCUACCAGCUGUGGACUCGGAGGACGGAGGUCAGGUGUUAUGGAUUGAGGGAAAUGGGAGAACCGACAUUCAGCGUCAACAACCCGGAGACUCAGCCACACUCGUUGCUUCGGUACGACAACCACGAAGAUCUGCUUGAGGGGAGACCGAUCACGGUCGUUGUGCACCCUCUCAUAAAGGUUUAUGGGACGGGCGCUGCGGAACAGUAUGACUGCGACAGGGUAUGGAUGCGCGCUGAAGUGUGGCUUGAUAGCAGAUGA